CUCAUAACGAGCGGCGAAAAUCAAAAGGGUAAACAAUCACGGAUUUUACAAAAGCAGUUGGUUUUACACAUCUUAAUGGUAUACGUGUAAAGAAAGUUAGGUAUUUUCUCUCUGUCUGGACAAAAGCUGAAUAGCAAAUGGAUAAAACAUGGAAUAUACAGACGAAAAUAAAUUUUCAUUGACCUCCAUCAGAAAAGAUGGUUCAGAGCACAAGCGUCAUAGAAGAUCUAACAGAAGAUCUUCAUCAAUCCUAAAGAUUCCACAGUCAAAACUGCCAUUGUCAGAUCUUGAUCCAAAUCAGCAGGAUGGCUGUAAAGUUCCUCCCAAGAAGAAAGCCAGGAGAUCAGAAAACAGAAGAGUUAGUUUUGCUGAUACUUGUCAAAUCAAAGAAUUUCCAAAGGAUUCCCCAGGAGCUUGGCAUCAUGAAAAUUCAAGUGCAGAGAACUCUCCAAAUUUAGAAAAUACCAUAGAACAGGAAAAACCAGAGAUUUCAGGCCUAGAUAAGCUUCUGACAGGUUCAAUACAGCAUCCAGGUUUCACAGAUGAGGAUGGGCAGGAAGUCCCUUUUGAGGAGGAUCAGCCCUUGGGAGUCCCUGUGGAUCCCAUUAACCACACCCUGGUUAUGAAUGACGAGAUGGAGCUGACUGGAUUAGUCGGAUUAUCUGAUGAACCUCCGGAUGACUUUGAGGAACUGAAAAGCAAGAGCAGAGUGGAUCACAAAUUUCUUCAAAGUCUGAUUUCAUCUGAAAAGAGGACAAAAAGCACCAGUUUACAGAUAGAGACCCCAGAAAAGUUGUUUCAUGCCAAAACCCAGGGGGACCCCGAUACAUACGUUUACACAACUAUGAAUCGUUACAGCUGUUCUAUGCAAUCCACUAUGUCCAGUCUCGUAUCAGGAACCACAACUCUGUCAAGUCAACUGAGUGUAGCCAAGAGAGCACCUCUAACAUUAGUGCCUUCUUCUCAAAAACCAGAGAUUCUUACCUCAGGAACUGCUGAAAACUUGACAGCUGAUUUAGCAAGUGAACUUAACUAUCAGUCUGAUUUAGAGAAACCCAAAGCUACUGGAUUUCUUCAGUCACUCCUGAAAAACCAGAACAAAGAUUUCAUUGAAAAUUUGCGGUCAGCACAUUCUACCCCUUCCGAGUUUGAAAGAACCCAGGUCUUUGCUUCAGGAGAUGGUAUGGAUGAGACAGCAGUUCUGGACAGCACCAUAUGGACAAUGGAAAAGAGGGAUCAUCACAGUUUAGAUAUGAUACAGAGACAUCACAACGUAGUGGAAAAAAUUCACGUGGAAAGCAACUCUGAAGUGACACAAGUCUUUCACGGAGGGGAUGCCAUGGAGGAGACAAAACUAAUUUCAAGGGGAAUUUGGACAGAGGAGGAAAUUUACAUGAAAGAUAGAGAGAAAACUUGCCUAUACAGUACAGGUGGAAACAUGGAAGAAACGAGAGUGCUCAAGGGUGAAAUUCUGAUGGACUCAGAUAGAGAUGGUGGGGUGAUGGUCAAUAGUCAAGCAGUGGAAAAACCCUUCCAGCAAGGUUGGGAGGAAACAAAGAUAUUUGUGAAAGAUGAUAACAUGGAAGAAACUAAAGCUCUGACCGGAGGAAUUUGGACUGGCAUGGAAAAUGGUGUUGGGAUUACUGGCAACAAGAACUCAUCAGAGAGUCGAUUUAAGCACAGUGGGGAAGAAACAAGGGUAUUUGGAAAGGGGGAUAGUAUGGAGGAAACCAAAGCUCUGACUGGAGGAAUUUGGACAGACCCUGAGAGAAGUGUUGGGAAGAUGGACAGCAGAAACUCCUUAGGAAGUGUUUUCAAACAAGGAGAGGAAACAAAGAUAUUUGGAAAGGAAGAUAGCAUGGAAGAAACUAAAGCUCUGUUUGGAGAAAUUUGGACCGGCUCAGACAGAAGUUUUGGGGUGAUAGAAAGCAGAGAUCAGGUUGGGAAGAGUUUUAAUCAAGAUGGGGAGAAAACCCAAAUUUUUGGAAAGGAAGACAAUAUGGAAGAAACUAAGGCUCUAACUGGGGGAAUUUUUACUGGCCCGGAAGCAAGUGGUGACAAGUUAGGCAGGGGUGAUUCAGUCAUGAAUUCCUUCAAACAAGAUGGGGAAGAAACAAAGAAAGUUACAACGGAGGACAACAUGGAAGAAACUAGGGCUCUAACAGGAGGAAUUUGGAUGGCAGAGGCACAGUCCAAUGAGAAGACAAAGACUCUCAGUUUAAUGGAAGAAACAAAACCUCUAACUGGAGUAAUUGAAGUAAAGGAUUCAACAAAAGGAGGUAGGAAAGACGAAGUAAAUGGAAUGGGAGAGCAGAUAGAGAAGUCUAGAAAUCAUGUGCAAGAUGGGGAACAGCAAGUUGUAGCUUCAUUAUUUUCGAAAGAGUAUGAAAACAAGGUGCGUGAAAUGGAAGAGGCUGAUUCUGAUAAUGAUUCAGAAAUUAGCUUUAAUUUCAAGAAAACUGAAACAGACAAUACAACAACACUGCAAGCAGAAGAUGUAUUUGAGGCUAAGAGAACAGAACCAUUGGUUGAAUCCACAGAAAAGGAAAGGUGUGAUGAGGAUAUGGUCAUUGACAAAGGUGAUGGAAACACUAGAACUCUGGCAGAUCUGAAGAACCUCCUCAAGGAACAUACCACUAAGUUUGAUGACAUCUUGAUGAAACCAGUUGAGAGUUUGUCAGUAGUCAAGGACAACAUCAUAGCAAGCCAGAGUGAGAAUAUUGAGAGGCAGGGGGAAAAUAAAACACUGACGUUCAGCAAUAAAAGUGACUGGCUGGAAGAAACAAAGAUGGUGACCGCCAAUAUCGUGAUAGGCUCCAAACAGAACAUCAUAUCGAAGCCCGAGAUUUCAGAUCUGCUCAAAGUUGCAGAAAACAAAACAGUUUUAUUUGCUGAUAAAAGUGCAGCUAUGGAUGAAACAAAACCUGUAACUACUAACUUGAUCAGUGACAAUGAACCAUUGGCUUUUGCUUCAGGGGUUGCUGCCCAAAGUCAAAUGGUUUCCGAGACAGUUGAGAAAUUGCCAACAUUGACUGGCAGUAACGUAACCCUUACUUUUGGUAACAACAGUGGGGCUAUGGAAGAAACCAAGAUAACAACAGCAUCACUUACAUGUAUAUCAGUGAAAAAUAAAUUAGAAGGAAAUGAUGUUGCUGGAUUACCCAAAUUAACUGACAGUAUUUGGGCAGAAGGGGAAUCCAAUAUGAAUUUAAAUGGGACACAAAAGACAAAUGAUAAACCAUUAAGUCUUAUGAUGGAAGCUAAUAUGGAAGUUGGACUUCUGGAGCAGGGGCCGCCUGAGAAUUUGUUUACAGAUGCCACUCUGAAUUCUACUGUUACAUCCUUUAGACCUGAAAGUACCUCAACCAUUGCAUCACCCCUAGACUCCACCCAGGCACUUCUUAAUAAGGACUGUGACAACAUCACCAUGCCCCGUAACAAUACAACAGCUGUAGAAGAGUCCCUCAUUUCCCAAUUAUCCAUCAACAAGACCGCAGUGGAAUGUGACAUUACUCAGGAUGAUAUCUGGACGGGCCCCACCACAGCCCUGUCUCUGUGUAAUUACCUCCAGGUCGUCAAGCCCUCCUGUCUCAAAGCCUCCAAACUUUACGAACUGCGCAGAACCAGAUGCAGCUUAGUCCAGGAGGAGGAAAUACUUUGUGAUGACCUGAAGAGCAAACUACUGGCUGAAUUAACAGUGAAGCCCCAUAUUGAAGCUCAGAUGGAAAUCAAUGCUCAAAUGAAGGCAGAAGUUGAAAAGAAGAAGGUAGAAAUAGAGGAAUUGGAGGAGAAAUGGCUGACAGAUCCACCUGAAAUUUUUCACUACGCCCAGACCUGCAGCCCAGCUCAGAAAGUAGAAUUAAGGGAGAAGAUGGUAGCCAUGAGUAAUGUGUGUACCAGACUCGGAAAAAUUGAAUGGAAAAAGGCCUCAUUACAAGCAGCUACUUUAGAAUUACAAAAAAUUCAGGAAGGCAUUGGGAAGCUUAAUUUAGAAGUGGGAGAAAUCCUUCAGAUGGCCACAGAUGCUAUGCAAAACAUAGAACUUGUAAACCAAGAGUUGUCAGAUAUGGAUGAAGAUAUAUUAGAAAUGAAACAAACUCCUGUUCCAUCAGAGAAGGAAAUGCAAGAAUAUUUGGCAUUAAAGGAUGAGAUACAGAACAAACAAGCAGAUUUAACAAAUAUGAAGAAUGAAGAAAUGAGUAUGGCCGAGGCUAACAGAAGGCUGGCUGAGGAGCAUGCAGCUCUGGCUCAAAAGUUGUCAGAAAAUGUGAGACAGGAGUCACAAAAAGAAAACAUGCAGGAACUUCAAAACCAGGCACAGAAAAUACACAACGAAAUUCAACUUUUAUAUGGAAUGAGUGGAUGGUAUUUUGAUGAGUCUAGUUUCAGAAGUGGUCAUAAAACUUUUAUGUUCAGCAAAAGAAAACUAAGACUAGAAAUCGGUCAUGAUGAAGAGGAAAAAAUAACGACCAUUGAAAUGAUGACCUGUGACAAAGAUGUUCAGUGUAGGAGAGAGCAAUUUUGUUAUCAUAUAGCUGUAGAAGCUGUUAAUGGGGUCUACUUGAAACAAAAGUACUCCAAUCUAAGUGAUCUUCCUCAGAUAUUGCAUGAGGUUGGAACUUUGGUAUCACAAAUGAGUGUUCUUCAUAAUGAUUUGAUGUUAUUGGAAAUGGACCACUACAUAGCUUACAGAUUUCCCAGGAUACACUUAGAAGUUUGGUCUCCCGGGAAGAGGUGUGUAAAGGUCUCAUUCCACUUCUUGUUUACAGAGAGCUUUCUGCUUUGGAGCAUUGAACCCUCGGUGGACGUUGAAUUUGGAAUCAUUAGAAAUGAUGCAGUGUUAUCUCAGAUCAGACAAGUGGAACCCGGAGACUCCUACCUCAACAGAACGUGUGCUGCUAUAGAUCUGGACUCUCUUCCCGAGGACACUAGCAAUAAAUGUCCCACAUGUGGAUUACACAUGCUUCAGUGUUAACAACUGACAAUAACUGAGCGACUCAAGCAAGAAAUGCCCAGUGUGUGGUUUAAAAUUGCAUCAGUGAUAACAACCAUUUAAACUGAGUGACAGUACUUAGUAAUAACAGAUUUAUUUUUAGUAGCAUAUUUAUGUAAACCUCAAGCUGUAUUUUCAGAUUUGUGGACUGUCAGAGAAUUGGUCUAUACUGAAAAGUCAGUGUAAUUUUUAAACUUAGAGUAGAUUAUCAGUGAAUUUAUCUCGAUUCUUUGUAGUGAUUUGCAUGAUUAAGGCAGCAUUUUUAAUUUAUUCUUUGCUCACCUGAGUAAGCUUUUCACAUCAAAUAUUCAUAAACCAAGGUUAAAUAUUUGAAUAAUACUCUCUGCAUUCAAGUAUACUGCAUCUAAGAAUAAUAAAAUAAUUUUAUACAUUUUUUUAAUAUUUUACCUACAUUAUUUAACUACAUAAUAGAGAGGGAUAGAUAUGGCACUUGCUUCAAUGAUAACCUCUGUGCGGGUAAAGGAAAUUGACAUCAUGGAAACCAGCAAAAAAUACCUGUAUACAGGGUUAUUAUUCUCCUUAUCUUAUUUUCGCCCUUUUAUACCAGCAAGCACUUCGGCCCUGUUUUGAAUUUACUCACAUAGUUUAUAUUUGUAAGGUAAUGUGUUCUUUAAAUUUGCCCCAUUUUAAAUUGACCCACUUGCAACAAGGCUGAAAGGAGUGAAAAUAAAACAAGGCAAAAAUUUCCUUGUGUACAGUAAAUAAAAGGUACAGUUGAACUUCAGUAUCUUGAAUGCGGAUAUCUUUUUAGUUUUUGAGUCUGACAAAAUGCCCUUAAACCUAGUCAAUAAAUGUAUAGUGUAUUUACUGUUUUUAUAUGCUAUAACUUAAAGAAUGGGCUUGUAGAUAUUGAGAAGGUUUCUGGUAUGUAUUCUAAAUGUAUCU